GAGUCUGAUCUCAAUUCCCUUUAGCUUCAGUCACAAUGUCCUUGGGAAAUGCUUUCAUUGGGAAACCAGCCCCAGACUUCAAAGUCACAGCAGUAAUGCCAGAUGGGCAAUUCAAAGAUAUUAAACUUUCUGACUACAAAGGGAAAUACGUUGUUCUUUUCUAUCCACUUGAUUUCACCUUUGUCUGCCCAACUGAAAUUAUUUCAUUCAGGGACCGUUCUGAUGAAUUCAAGAAGAUAAACUGUGAAGUGAUUGGUGCUUCUGUUGAUUCUCACUUUUGCCAUCUAGCCUGGAUCAACACUCCCAAAAAGCAGGGUGGACUAGGCAGUAUGCGCAUUCCUCUGGUUUCUGACACAAAACGUCUAAUUGCUAAGGAUUAUGGUGUACUAAAGGACAAUGUAGGCAUUUCUUACAGGGGCCUCUUUAUCAUUGAUGAAAAGGGGAUAUUGCGCCAAAUCACAAUCAAUGAGCUGCCUGUUGGUCGUUCAGUUGAUGAGACACUCAGGCUAAUUCAGGCUUUUCAGUUUACAGACAAAAAUGGAGAAGUGUGCCCAGCUGGUUGGCAACCUGGAAGUGACACUAUCAAGCCAGAUGUCAAGCAGAGUAAAGAGUAUUUCUCCAAACAGAAAUAAAUGUAUGUUGUAUUUUGUACAAAAAAAAGGUAUACUGUAACAUAUGACAGAGCAAUCUUUGCCAUUUCUUAUUUAAAGAGUAGCCAUGUUGUGAACUGAUUGGUUUACUGCCUCAUUUUAUAAGUCUUUAAUUUUGGAUCGUGUGGAUCUGAAUAAGGGGAUUA